AUGCGCAUCACAAAGACUUGUCAGGCCAUUUUAUUUCUACUCAACCACUUGGUGGCUGCCCAUGUACCACUUGAAGCCAUUGCACCCCUCAAGCAUGUUGGAAGAGCCAGUGAACUCGAUGUGUGGCAAAAGGGAACACCAGCCACCCAUGAAAAUCAUCUACAACCCAGUCCGGUUGAGCUAACCGCAAGAGCGCCCGAUUCUGGCAAUGCCUGUGAUAGGAAGGCCAAGUGCAAGAAGAAGAAGAUCAGAGAUCCCACCAAUGCCAGCAAGUGCAAACGAUGCCCGCCACUCAUGAAGGCAGAUCCCACUCAUACCAUUUGCAUCCAGGACAAGGACAUCAAAGAUGAAGAGAAGAAGAAGACCUACAAGGACAAGAUUAAAGAAAAGGCCCAGCAAAUGAUGAAGGACUUCAAAGACAAGAUCAAGGAGCGCAUCCAACAGAAGAAGCCUGCAAAGACUACGGAAUGGGAAAAGAAGGACGCAACAAGACGAGACCGGCUGAAUAACAAAAAGCUUCGUCGCAUUGCGCAGUGUCUUCCCCUGGUUGCUGCAGCUAUUGGUACCCAGGCCAUGCUCGAAAUGGCCGACGGGGGUUUUUCAGAAGACUUGCUCGAUGGCAUCGACAGUGAUACGCUCGAUCUCUGGCCUGGCACAGAUAUCGAUGACAAUUAUCUAGACAAGACUAUGCCCGACGACUUGAACGACAUUACCGGCGAGGACUAUGUGAAUCAGUUUCUGCAGGUUGGAGAUGCAGCCAACGCAAAGCGUUCGAUUGACCUGCAAGACGUGGACAAUGAGACCGAGACAGAUUCGGGUAUUUCCGAGCAGGGUGCAGACAAGCGCGACAUUUUUGGCGACAUUAUUGCGGGCUUUGUAACCAUUGGCCGCGCCAUUGCGGCAGCGGCGACUAGAGCAGCUGGCCAGGUCGGUCAGGCAGCCGCCCGAGCGACUAAAUUCUUUUCAACGCGCAAGCCCAACUUGAAGAAACCUGGCGAAUCUAAACUCAGCCGCGCAGAGCAAAAGGACAAAGCCAAGGAAGUAUCGCAGAAUAAGAAUUGGAAGAACUGCCUUCGUGGUGAGAAGCCGGAAAAGUAG